AUGCCACCCACCCUCACAAUAAACUCACCGAUUGUAAACCUCCCACCUGAACUCUUUGCCAAGUUUUGCUCUUAUUUAUCACCAAAUGAUUUAUUCAAACUUUCUAAAGUAUGUCGUAAAUUCUAUUGUUACCUAAGUGCACCAAAUUCCUUUUCUACCCAACAAAUAUGGAAGAAAUCUCGCUUAACGUUUAUGGGGCAUGUAUGGUCGCCUCCACCAAAAGGAAUGAAUGAAAAACGUUAUGUUGAAUUAUUAAUAACAAAUCUAGGUUGUGAAAUUUGUAAUAUUAGUAAGCAUUGCAAGAUUUAUUGGGCAUUUGGAGUUAGAUGUUGUUCUGAAUGUUUCAAUGAGAAAACUGUGGCAGACAUUAUGGAUUAUCCACAGGAACUAAUUGAUAUUAUGCCAUUUUAUAACAAAUAUGGUGACAAAUAUUAUUGGAAAGAACAAUUAGAUUUGGAACUUAAUCAAUACACGUCAAUUUCUCAUGGUCGUUUGUCGAAUUUAAAAUCUUGGUUGGAUGAUAAAAAAAAUAUUUUUGAUUCUAGAAUGAAAUAUGCUCAAACUAAACAAACGUCAAGGUCAAGGUUUUGGUUAUAUCAUAAUUUUCUUACUCCCCGCCGCGAUCUUCGGUUUUUAUUUCGUCCAAUUUAUAGCGCGUAUGACUGUCCACCAUUUCCACAGAGUUGA